AUGCGUGUAAAAGGCCCACCACGCGAUACACCCGCCACGGAAGGCUCUUAUGGUUUCGUAUAUGGAGUAUCAGGACCCGUCGUUACAGCUGAAAAGAUGGCUGGAUCUGCAAUGUACGAGCUUGUCCGUGUUGGUCAUUCCGAGCUGGUAGGCGAAAUCAUUCGUCUCGAAGGUGAUUAUGCGACGAUCCAAGUUUACGAAGAGACGUCGUCCGUCACUAUUGGUGAUCCCGUGCUUCGCACGGGCAAGCCGCUUUCUGUUGAACUUGGCCCAGGAAUCAUGGGAUCAAUUUUUGAUGGUAUUCAACGUCCUUUGAAAGAAAUUGCCGAUAUGACGAAGUCGAUAUAUAUUCCGAAAGGAGUGUCGACAAGAGCACUAUCUCGUGAAAAUCGGUGGGAUUAUACCGUUAGCAAGGGAGUAACUGUAGGAUCCCAUGUGACUGGCGGUGAUGUAAUAGGAUAUAUACAGGAGAACUUACUCAUCAAGCACAAAAUCAUGGUCCCACCGAAUUCCUGUGGUACUGUCAUUUUUGUCGCCCCAUCCGGCCAGUAUACUGUAGAAGAUGUUCUACUUGAACUGGAAUUCGGAGGCACGAAGGAAAGGCUUACUAUGCUUCAAAUCUGGCCCGUACGUAAUCCUCGUCCUUGCGCUGAGAAGAUGGCUGCAAACUAUCCUCUUCUAUGUGGUCAGAGAGUGUUAGAUGCUCUUUUCCCAUGUGUGCAAGGAGGAACGACAGCAAUUCCUGGUGCAUUCGGCUGCGGAAAGACAGUAAUAUCCCAGUCUUUGUCCAAGUACUCUAAUUCUGAUGCGAUUAUCUAUGUCGGAUGCGGAGAACGCGGUAACGAAAUGUCUGAGGUAUUGCGUGAUUUCCCUGAAUUGACAAUGGAAGUAGAUGGAGUCACAACUUCAAUUAUGAAGCGAACGGCUCUCGUAGCAAAUACUUCAAAUAUGCCUGUAGCUGCUCGAGAAGCUUCCAUUUAUACUGGCAUCACCUUAGCUGAAUACUUCCGCGAUAUGGGAUUGCAUGUAGCAAUGAUGGCUGACUCGACCUCUCGUUGGGCUGAAGCACUUCGUGAGAUCUCUGGACGUCUAGGAGAAAUGCCUGCUGACUCGGGAUAUCCAGCUUAUUUGGCUGCUCGACUGGCUUCCUUCUAUGAACGUGCCGGCAAGGUGAAAUGCCUUGGAAGUCCCGAACGGGAAGGAUCGGUAACGAUUGUUGGAGCUGUGUCGCCUCCUGGUGGAGACUUCGCAGAUCCCGUCACAUCCGCUACCCUAGGUAUCGUGCAAGUUUUCUGGGGUUUGGAUAAGAAAUUAGCUCAAAGGAAACAUUUUCCUUCGAUUAACUGGCUGAUUUCGUACAGCAAGUACAUGCGCGCCCUAGAGGAGUACUACGAGAAAAAUUUUCCGGAGUUUGUUGCGCUGCGAACCAAGUGUAAGGAAAUCCUUCAAGAAGAGGAAGACCUUUCCGAGAUUGUACAGCUGGUCGGCAAAGCCUCCUUGGCUGAAGCUGACAAAAUCACCCUUGAAGUGGCUAAACUCAUUAAAGAUGACUUCCUGCAGCAAAACGGCUACACUCCAUACGAUCGUUUCUGCCCAUUCUACAAAACUGUUGGAAUGCUUAGAAAUAUGAUUGCCUUUUACGAUUUGGCUCGUCAUGCUGUAGAGUCCAGUGCGCAGUCCGAGCACAAGAUCACUUGGGCCAUUAUUCGAGACCAUCUGGGCGAUCUUAUGUACCAGUUGUCAUCUAUGAAGUUCAAGGAUCCGGUGAAAGAUGGUGAAGAGAAGAUCAAAAAAGAUUACGAUGAACUUCUUGAAGCUCUAAACAAUGGAUUUAGAAACCUUGAACUUGAGUAG